AUGGACCAGUGCAGCCUGGGGGACAAGGGCACCCUUCCAUCCGAGAUGCACCUCCCUUCGUUUCCCGAGAGCCAGGCGCUCAAGUGCAGCGACACCCUCAACCGGGAUCUGGGGCCCGGCUCACGAGACCUGCUGUACGACGGCCUGAGCCGCUUGGACCUGGACCCCAGCCUCCCGAUGCCCGACGCGCCCAGCGAGAUGCUGGAGGACAACUUGGAUGCCCUGUCCCUGUAUUCAGGGAAGGACGGCGACUCCGUGAAGCUGCUGGAGGAGCGCGCAGAUCCAGAAUCCCAGACUUCCUUACGAGACCUGGGGCUAGGCGUGCUCAAGGUGCCCAAAGAGGCUGACGAAGGAGGCAGGGCCACGUCCAGGAGCACAAGGAAAGGGAAGCGGCAGCACAACUCCCCUCAGAACCCACUCCUGGACUGCAGCCUGUGUGGGAAGGUGUUCAGCAGCGCCAGUUCUCUCAGCAAGCACUACCUGACGCACAGCCAGGAGAGGAGACACGUGUGCAAAACCUGCAGCAAGGCCUUUAAGCGCCAGGACCACCUGACCGGGCACAUGCUCACCCACCAGAAGACCAAGCCGUUUGUGUGCAUCGAGCAGGGCUGCAGCAAGAGCUACUGCGACUACCGCUCCCUGCGCCGGCACUACGAGGUCCAGCACGGCCUGUGCAUCCUCAAGGAGGCCCCGCCGGAGGAGGAGGCCUGCGGGAGCUCACCCCACGCGCACGAGGUGGCCAGCCAGCCCGCGCCUGCGAGCCUGUGGCCCCUGGCGCCCCCGGAAGCCCCGUCCCCCAGCUCCCUCUUGCCCAGCCGAGACCUCCUGCGCUGUAUCGUGAGCAGCAUCGUGCACCAGAAGGUCCCUUCUCCCGGGCCAGCCCCGGGAGGGCCUUCAGACAGCCGCGAAGGGAGGAACACGGCCUGCUCCUGCCUGCCCGCAUCGGGGUCCUCCUGCGGCCCAGCCAGCACCCCGGCGGCCCCAGGAGCCCUGGGCACUGAGGUUCCCGAGGAGCCCCGGCCCCCACAGAAGGAGCCUGCCACUGACGUGUCCACAGCCGUCCACUCGCGGGCAGCGGAGGACAGCGGCCCCGACCCAGCCGAGCCGGAGCCGCCGCUGCUCCAGCCCCCGUCAUCCCUGGAGGGCUGGCCCGAGGGCGCUCCCCUGCCCCCCUGCCUGCCUCUGUUCCGUGGCCAGACUGUCCCCGCCAGUUCGCAGCCAUCAAGCCACAGUUUCCAGUGGCUCCGGAACCUGUCGGGCUGCCCUAAGAGCAAAGGAAACAGUAUGUUUGUCGUCCACAAGCCCUCUGCGGUGCCGUCCCGGGAGGGCUCCGAGCCUGGCCCCGGGCUCAGCAGCGACCCCCCUGCGGGGGAGCCCUCACCCAGCCGGGGCACCGGUCUGGAGGACACGCCGCCCUUCCCUCCCACGCUCCUGAAGGCACCGGGGGAGGACUCGGGUGACCCCAGCUAUGCCAGUACCAGCGGGGAAGAUGACUCCUGGGCUUCCAAGAAGAGCAAGUUUGACUGCGACUCCUUCUCGUGGCAGAACCCUGGUGAGCCUGGCCCCCAGGACGGCCCGAAGUCCAGCGGCCUCCCGUCGGAUGCCACGCCGCUCUUGCGGCAGCUGUUCCUGAAGUCUCAGGAGUCUCUGGUGAGCCACGAGCAGAUGCAGGUGUUCCAGAUGAUCACCAAGUCCCAGCGGAUCUUCUCCCACACCCAGGUGGCCGCCGCCUCCUCCCAGCUUCCCACGCCCGACAGCAAGCAAGUUGCCCUGAAGUCACUGCAGGGGCUGUGGCCGCAGCAGCCCCCGCCUAUGGCGCCCACUGUUGACUCUCUCCAUGCUGGCCCUGUGAACCCUGAGCCAGAGGGAUCCCUAGCCCACAGGAGAAAAUCCACACCCGCUUUCCCCACAGAGGCCUCCCCCAGCAGCGUGAGCCAGGACACAAAGGGAAGAGCAAAAGUGGCUGCCACUCCACCUGCCCUCACAGCGUCGUCCCUGGACCCUCCCAGGAACCCAGACAUCUCCUCUCUGCCCAAGCAGUUGAGAUCCUCGAAAGGGACCUUGGACCUGGGGGACAUCUUCUCCCCUGGGGGCCUGCGUCAGACCCAGUUAGGAGGGGAGGAGCCAUCCAGAGCCCACCUCCCAGGGAAGCAGGCCCAGGCUGAGAAUGGCACGGCUUCUGGGGCCACAAAAGGUGAAAAGGGCCCGGCCUGCUCCCGGGGCGGAGGCUACAGGCUCUUCUCUGGCAACUCCAGGGCCCAGCGCUUUUCAGGCUUCCGGAAGGAGAAGGUGAAAAUGGAUAUGCGCUGUGUGGCUUCUCCAAGCCAGGUAGCCAUGGCCUCCUUCUCGUCGUCGGCCGGGCCUCCAGCGGAUCCCCCCUGGGACUCCAAGUCCAAGCUGACGAUAUUCAACAGGAUCCAGGGUGGAAGUAUCUACCGGCUCCCCCACCCGAUGAAGGAGGAGAACAUGGCAGGUGGCUGUCACCAGCACAGUGGUGGUCCCACAGACUGGGCAGAGCCAAGGAGCACUUACGUCUGCAAGAAUUGCAGCCAGAUGUUUUAUACAGAGAAAGGGCUGAGCAGCCACAUGUGUUUUCACAGCGACCAGUGGCCGUCACCUCGAGGGAAGCAGGAGCCGCAGGUGUUUGGCAUGGAGUUUUGCAAGCCACCAAGACAGGUGCUGAGGCCGGAGGGGGACGGGCAGAGUCCCCCGGGAGCCAGGAAGCCCUUGGACAACAUGACCGCAGCCCCUUUGGUGGUCCCUGUGUCGGUGCCUGUGGCUCCAGUGACCCCCAUGGUUCUGAAAUCUCUUCUUCUCCAGGGACAGGGGAAGGACGGGGAAGAGAGAGACAGCAAGGAGAGCAGCCAACACAGGAAGCGGAGGAAGCUGACCCGGCCCAAGGCACCGCUCGUCCCUCCUCCGCCCUCCACGUCCGGGGAGCCGGGCCCAGGGGGAUGCCGCCAGAGCUGGCUGCGCUCGCCCAUGCUCCUGGUGGACCGCCUCCUGAAGGGACUGUCCUGGUGCCCUCCCUACACGCCGCCCCCGAUGCUCAGCCCCAUCCGGGAAGGCUCUGGGCUGUAUUUCAACACCCUCUGUCCCACGUCUGCUCAGGCCCGUCCCGACAGGCUCGUCAGCGCCAUGCUUGAUCACAUGGAUGGCUCUUUUGGCAUCUGUGUGGUGAAGGACGACACCAAGAUCAGCACUGAACCACACAUCAACAUAGGAAGCCGGUUUCAGGCUGAGAUCCCUGAGCUCCAGGACAGAUCACUGGCUGGAACUGACGAGCAUGUAGCUUCUCUGGUCUGGAAGCCAUGGGGAGAUGUGAUGACCAACCCGGAAACGCAGGAUAGAGUGACCAAGCUCUGCAACGUGGCCUGCUCCAGCGCGAUGCCGGGCGGGGGCACCAACCUGGAGCUCUCUCUGCACUGCCUGCAUGAAGCCCAGGGCAACAUCCAGGUUGCCCUGGAGACCCUCUUACUGAGAGGACCCCAGAAGCCAUGGACUCACCCUCUCGCCAACUAUCGCUACACGGGUUCGGACAUCUGGAACCCCAUGGAGAAGAGGCUCUUUAAGAAGGCGUUCUGUGCCCACAAGAAGGACUUCUACUUGAUACACAAGACGAUCCAGACAAAAACUGUAGCCCAGUGUGUUGAGUAUUACUACAUCUGGAAAAAAAUGAUCAAGUUUGACUGCGGCCGAGCCCCAGUGCUGGAAAAGAGGGUCAAGAGAGAGCCGGAUGAAGCAGACAGGACAGAAGCGAAGAUCACUUGUAGCCCUCGGGAGAGACCCAGCCACCGUCCAACCCCCGAAUUAAAGAUAAAGACUAAGAGUUACAGGAGGGAGUCCAUCCUCAACUCCAGCCCAAACGCCAGCUUGAAGCGGACCCCUGAGCUGCCGGGGAGCAGGGAGGGCCAGGGCUUCUUUCCCUGCAGGGAGUGUGAGAGGGUGUUUGACAAGGUCAAGAGUCGAAAUGCCCACAUGAAGCGGCACCGGCUUCAGGACCACGUGGAGCCCAUUGUCAGGGCAAGGUGGCCCGUGAAGCCCUUCCAGCUGAAGGAGGAGGAGGAGGAGGAGGAGGAGCUAGGGGCUGACAUCGGCCCUCUGCAGUGGUGA